GUUCGCUCCAAAACAACCUGAACUAACAUUUACCUUUCUGCAUCGUUGAUCGACUCCCUUGCCGCUCGGUCGCAUCUUUGAUCGCUCGGUCUCAUGCUCCUUUAGCUCGGGCGAGCUUCACGUUCUCUAUUUCCCCGUCGAUCUCGCUAUGCACCUUGUUUUCUUCUGAGCUCUUUGCGUUUGGCCCACAGGGGCGUCACGAGUACAUCCUCGCAUCCUUUCCGGACGUCAUUCCCUUCAGUCAUCCUCCAUUCUGAGAAAUACUUCCUCCACAGCUUAGGAUUGGGGGGGAGGAACUGGAAACCCGACUCAGUUCGCGAUAUCCCUCCCUUGGCAUUUGGUUCUUUGACGUGUGAAGGGAACAAGGAAUAUCGCAUCAUUGUUUCCUCACCGUGGUCUGACUGCGCCACGGGAAAAGAAAACAACGCGCUCCCUCUGCCCUCGGAUCCAUCGACUAUUCUUGACGUGUUGAAUGGCUCUGGCCUCACAUUUCGCUCGUUCUCCGCGAAUUCCUCCAUCUCCCUUCGCUAUCGCCAUCGCCAACACCGACACGCCCGCAUCUGCCAGAAUCUCCGCGUAUAAUCCGUUGUGCCUCCGCCAAGCGCGACUCGCCUCAACAUGUCGCCAUCCACUUCCCAUAUAUCAAGCCAGCUACGACAGUUGAUUUACUACCACUUGGAUAACAACCUGGUACGGAACGCGCUCUUCCUCGCUGGUCGUUUGCACGCCUACGAGCCCCGGACGUCGGAAGCCUCAUACCUACUCGCUUUCUGCUACCUCCAAAAUGGUCAAGUGAAAGCUGCGUGGGACUAUAGUCGCAACUUUGGGUCGAGAGGGACACACCUCGGUUGUGCAUAUGUCUAUGCUCAGGCAUGUUUGGACUUGGGGAAAUACCUAGACGGCAUCACUGCUUUGGAGCGAAGUAAAGGCAUGUGGGCCUCAAAGAACCACUGGAACAAACACAGCGAAACACGCAGACAACACUUGCCGGAUGCCGCGGCCGUCAUGUGUCUACAAGGGAAAUUAUGGCACGCACACAAAGAUGUCACUAAGGCUGUAGAAUGCUAUGUCGAGGCUCUAAAGUUGAAUCCCUUCAUGUGGGAUGCAUUCCAGGGCCUCUGCGAAACAGGGGUCAACGUUCGUGUCCCGAAUAUCUACAAAAUGAACUCUGAAUUGCUCUCGAAUUUGUCCCCCGCCUCGCAAGAGGAUGUCGACCCUACCGCCGACAAGUCAAUGUCGACAACAGGCAGACCCCUUCAAUCUCAGGCCAAUACGAAUUCUAAUUCCGAUCCCUUCCUUUCUGCGACAUCCCGAAGUGACUCAACUACCACCCACGGUAGCUCAGCCCUAUGGGAGAAGUUCAACGGCAGCACUGUUAGCGUGGCGUCCACGGGUGCAUCGGUACCAGUUGCUCGAGAAGGGACGGAGACCCCUGGAGGUCAAAGCAGUGAAUCCGAUGAGCUUCGCGGCGUGAAUGGAACAGCCGUUCCCGAGCCCGCGUGGGAUCCUCCAUUAGCCCCUGCAAGGAAGAAUCGGACAAUCCAGACAAUCGGUACCGACCAUGGGAUGGACCCGCCACCGAAAAUGAAGCCCACCGGUAUUCGGCAAAGAGCCCGGACUCGAGCCGAACAAGAGGAACACGGCGCCCCACAGUCGGAUAGAGAAGCUAUGAGCAAGAUCGGAGAUCGCAAACGGACGGUCUCAGGCCAAGUCGCACAUCAAACGCCGCAACAACCCACAGAACCAGGGGCACCACAGCGCCGGAGCGUGCGGCUGUUCAAUCAGAUCAAACCAACAACCAGCAAACUGUCGAGCACUACCCUUACCACGAAGGAUGGCAGGGAGCUGAAAAGAGUGAGACCUACCGGCGCCAAGAGUCGCACCGCAACAAGCACUCAUAGCGGUCGUGUUGUGAGCGGCGGCCGGAAAAUUCCUAACGAGAUACUCGAUAGCGAUGGCAGGGACUACCGAACUAUGUCUUCGACGAACCCUAGUUCGCGGAGCAGUGGGGCUGAGAAGUCCAAAUCCGUGGAGGCUUUGGCCUGGUUAUUAGAUCUUUUCUCCAAGCUUGCCUCCGGAUAUUUUGCCCUAAGCCGGUAUAAGUGCCAGGAUGCAAUCCAGAUAUUCAAUGGCCUCUCGCAGGGCCAGCGAGAGACUCCCUGGGUUCUGUCGCAAAUUGGACGCGCGUACUACGAGCAAGCGAUGUAUUCCGAGGCUGAAAAAUACUUUGUCCGGGUUCGGACUAUGGCUCCAUCAAGACUUGAUGACAUGGAAGUUUAUUCGACAGUCCUUUGGCACCUGAAGAAUGAUGUGGAACUCGCAUAUCUCGCUCACGAGUUGAUGGAGGUCGACCGCCUCUCUCCUCAGGCUUGGUGUGCUGUCGGGAAUUCCUUUUCCCACCAACGCGACCAUGACCAAGCCCUGAAGUGCUUCAAGCGGACUACACAAUUAGAUCCCCAUUUCGCUUACGGGUUCACAUUGCAGGGUCACGAGUUCGUCGCCAACGAAGAGUACGAUAAAGCUUUGGAUGCGUAUCGACACGGGAUCAGUGCAGAUAACCGCCAUUAUAACGCCUGGUAUGGGUUGGGUACGGUCUACGACAAGAUGGGUAAGCUCGAGUUUGCGGAGCAGCACUUCCGAAACGCAGCUAGUAUCAAUCCCACCAACGCCGUCCUGAUCUGCUGCAUUGGGUUGGUGCUUGAAAAGAUGAACAACCCGAAAACGGCUCUUGUUCAAUACAGCCGUGCGUGCACGUUGGCACCUCAUUCGGUCCUUGCACGGUUCCGCAAGGCUCGUGCGUUGAUGAAACUCCAAGAGCUCAAAUUAGCCUUGGCCGAGCUCAAGAUCCUCAAGGACAUGGCGCCCGAUGAGGCCAAUGUGCAUUACCUUUUGGGUAAACUCUACAAGAUGCUGCAUGACAAGGGCAAUGCGAUCAAGCAUUUCACGACGGCCCUGAAUCUGGAUCCCAAGGCUGCACAGUACAUCAAGGACGCCAUGGAGUCCCUCGACGAGGACGAGGAAGACGACGAAGACAUGGCAUGAUUGUGAUGACUUCCCUCUCGACGGGUUCCUUUCGUCUCCGCUAUUCAUUGUUUUUUUUUCUUUCCCCGCAGUCCCUUACUCGGAUUCCCUAUCCUAUCUCCAUUUCAGGAUGUAG